AUGGAAGCACUGAUUCGGACCCCCUACGAGGCCACUGUGAAGGCAAUGCUGGCCUCCUUGGAGAGGAACCUCCUGCCGGAUAUGGUGGUGAGGCAGCUGACGAGGCUCCUCCUGGCGAGCCGGCUGCGCUCGGGGUACCAGCCGUCUGCGGAGCUCCAGCUCUCCCACCUCCUCGACUUUGCUCGCUGUAAGCACUAGAACUUGCCGGGGGGAGUUGCUUGGUGAACCGCCGUCGGUAGAGUUUCUGAGGUUUCGUUUCGCGUGAUUUCGCAGCGUUGGAUCAGAUGCCCAUAGCUGUGGAGACCGAGAAGCCCAAGGCCCAGCACUACGAGCUGCCUACCUCUUUCUUCAAGCUGGUGCUCGGGAAGAACCUCAAGUAUAGGUACGUGGAGGGUUAAUGUGACGUAAGAUUGGUCCUUGCUGGUGCCUCUUCUCUGCUUUCACAAUCCUUUUCUUAUCGUGUUCUUGCGAAACGGAAAAUUUUCGUGCGGAGGUUUUUGUUAGCUCUUCGGCUAGCUAACUACUUCGUCGACGUAGGGUCGCCGGGCGUUGGGGAUAUCCCUUUUCUCAGGUCCUAAUGCUGGAAUCUUUUCAUCACGGUGGUCUAUGGUUUUUUAUUUUGUCUUCCCGUUGCGGCUCUUAAGCUGGAUACUUGAAGUCAGUUGGAUUGCCACUUUUGUGAUCUACGAGAACAUACGUUUAAGAUUUUGAAGAACUGGUUUGGCAAGUGUGUGCUUAUUUUACCAUUUUUAACAUGUUGAUGGAUUUAUCUAUAUCUUAAUGGGAUAAUAAAUUGUAUCGUGUGAUGGAAUGAUGAAUAUCAGUCCUUUAUAUAGGGAAGGUAAUUACUGUAAACUUCAAAAUCUUCGUUUGAACUAAUGGUUUCUUCAGAAACUUAACAAAUUCUAGUAAAUCUCGUUUUUACUUUUUAAUUGGAAUUAUUCUACCUCUUUCAAAUAAAAAAAUUAGUAUUACAAAGUGCAAACCUGCUUGUUUAUGAAUCCUGUCUGCUGGCUGGGUGAAGCAGAAUGCCACAAUGCACCAGUGGAAGACAUGAUUUCACAAAUUCUUAGCGAAAAUCAUUAUUUUUCUGUAAUUUCAUUCGUAGUUGAAAGGAAUAUUGAGCGCUGGAUAUUACAUAAUAAUUCAAUUUAUUAUUUAAAAAAAUCUUGAACGCCAACUAGCAUGCAUGUUAUUCGAGGAACACUAAUGCUGACUACACUGUUUUUGCACAGUUCUUGCUACUUCCUUGACAAGUCAAACACCCUGGACGAUGCUGAGGAUCAAAUGUUGGAAAUGUACUGCACGAGAGCUCAAAUAAAAGAUGGGCAGAGUAUUCUUGAUGUUGGAUGCGGCUGGGGUUCAUUUUCACUUUAUAUAGCAAAGAAACACAAGAACUGCAAUAUUACCGGAAUCUGCAAUUCUUUAACACAGAAGGCUCACAUAGAGGAGCGGUGUAGGUGAGCUUAGAUCAAAUUACGUCCUUCUGUGUGCCUUCGUAUCGUAUCUUUGUAUCUGGUGUUUAAUCUCUUGCGUCCCAUCCAUUUUAUGAUUCUACAUGGCCAUUUGGAGACGCUGUUCAAAGAGACUUUUAGGCACCUUACCAAGAUAACCCAAGAAAAUGAAAUAUCCUUAUUAUUAGUAUUGUUUCUGUUUUCUGCCAUUCCAGAAAAAAAUUCUGAAAUGGUUUUCAUAUAAUUGUUCUCGAAUCAAUUAUGAAAUAUAGUUCUCAAGUUGCUUGUUUUGUCAAUGUUCCUCUUUUGUGAAAGAUGAUUGUUUUCAUGAGCUUUGGGAAAGCGUAAACCUAUCCUGCCUUGUAUGUGCUGCUGAAAUUAGGAAACAGAGUUGUUUGCUGCAUAUUUGAAACCGUGAUGGUUCGGUAGGUUUCAAGCUUAAAGAUCUCGGUGAUGUAUACAUUACAGAUUGCAAGAGCACCGAGAUCAGAAAGUGUCAUGUUUUCCCACAGAGAAGGAAAAAAUCUCCUUUAUUUCGUUCCGAUUCCUCGGAAGAAAAGCUUCUAAUGGCCUUUCUCCCUCUCUCUCUCUCUCUCUCUCUCUCUCUCUCUCUCCCUUUCUACUUUUCUACCUACUGUUGGUCUACUCUCCUUUUUCGCCGCUUCACAUUUUUGUUUUGUGCUACUAAAGUGUCCCAUUAGAAAGCCCUGGUUCUAAAUAUCAUCUUCGUGAUUUCACAAUUUCUUGUUGGAACCAGAGGGCAUCUAGGUCUGCGAGUUCAUUUCAUCACUUUUUGUCAUAUCUGGAAACUUUCUGAGUCAAGGAAAUUAUUUAAAUUUCUUUUAUGCAGGGAGCUUCAGCUCUCAAAUGUCAGCAUCAUCGUUGCAGACAUUAGUAAGUUCGAAAUGGAGGCAUCAUUUGACCGUGUCGUAUCAAUAGAAAUGUUUGAGGUAUGCAACAGUUGCAAGCUUACGUUUUUUACACAGUUGGCUGAUGCUAAUGCUGAACCCCAUCUCUAUUUAUAGCACAUGAAGAACUACAAAGUGCUGUUGAAGAAGAUAUCUGGGUGGAUGAAAGAGGAUAGUCUUCUUUUUGUACAUCAUUUCUGCCACAAAGCAUUUGCUUAUAACUUUGAGGUACAUUUGAUUUUCCAUUGAAGUCAUCACAUUCCCCCCCCCUCUCUCUCUCUCUCUCUCACACACACACACACAUGUGCACGCACUUUUCAUGUGGACUCUUAUUUAGAGUUUUGACGAUGCAAUUGAUGAACAUUGCGCCCAGGACAUAAAUGAAGAUGACUGGAUUACGAGAUAUUUCUUCACGGGGGGAACAAUGCCUUCUGCGAAUCUACUUCUAUAUUUCCAAGUAAGCUAUGGAUUUUUAUAGGCCUGUCUCCCAAGCAUGUUAUUGUGUACUUUCCAAGUUUUGAGUGUGUAAUUUCCAUAUCUCGUGCUUAAAUUCUAAUUGUUCUACAUCAGUCCUCCGCUCUGUGGAUCCAUAAACCUUUUUGAGUAUUUUGUAUGUUUUUGUUUUGUAGGAUGAUGUCACCGUUGUCGACCAUUGGCUUGUGAAUGGAAAACAUUAUGCACAGACAAGGUAUGCCAUCUUGGGGGCAUAUUCAGACUGCAUCUGAGAUGAGAAAUGCAUCUAAUCUAUCAUAUUCUGUGACAAAACUUGAACCAUGCAGUGAAGAGUGGCUCAACAGAAUGGAUGAGAAUUCACUUGUCAUUAGGCCAAUUAUGGAAUCUACCUACGGAAAGGCAGAAGCCACAAAGUGGACUGUUUAUUGGCGGACAUUCUUCAUUGCUGUUGCAGAGCUCUUUGGAUACAACAAUGGGGAAGAGUGGAUGGUGGCCCAUUUUCUCUUCAAAAAGAAGUAA